AUGACAAGUCUAUUUAAAAGUUUAAUUGGGUCGCCAUAUAUUAGACACUUGAUAUUCAAUCAUAUAAAAGAAAUGACCGAGAUUGAAAAAGGGAUUAAAAAAUGGAAAUCAAGAUAUCCAAAUAUCAUUAUGAACGGACACCAUCAAGAAAAUACAAUGGAUAAUGCAUCCAAGUAUGGACUCCUUUCAACAGUCCAACUAUUAUGCCAAAUGAAGCAAGUAAAGUUCACCGAUGUUAUCGAUAAAGCAGCAGAAAAUGGACAUUAUCAUAUUGUCAGAGUGAAGGAUGCACAACUAAUGCCAUUGAUAAAGCAGCAAAAAAUGGACAUUUGGAUAUUGUCAGAAUUCCUUCAUAGAGCUGGCAAAACAUUUACAAACAAAGCGUUAAGUAAUGCAUGUUUAAAAGGUGAUUUGGAGAUUGUUCAAUUCCUUUUUCAAAAUAGUACAGAAGGUUGGACUGUACGAUCUAUCAUCAAUGCUUGUAGAAAGGGUAACUUUGAUUUGAUAAAGUUUAUUGUCUCUAAUAGGACUGAAAAAUGUUCAACCAAAGCAGUUGACGCUGCUAUAAAGAAGAAUUGUAGUUUGGAUAUUAUUAAACUCCUCGAUCGAGAAUGUACCAAUGACGGUUUGAAAUAUGCAUUUGAAAAUGAUAGAAUGGAUAUUGUUGAAUAUCUUUACGAGAAAUACCAAACAUCUACUGGUAUGUGGACUAGUGAUAUAUUUGAUGAAGCUGCCCGCUACGGUAAAUUGGAUUUUGUAAAGACUCUUCAUAAAAGACCCAAAGGAAAAUGCACAACCAAGGUAAUGGACGAAGCAGCACAGUAUGGCCACCUUGAAGUAGUAAAAUUUUUACAUUUGAAUCGUAGCGAAGGUUGCACUACUGAUGCGAUGAACCAAGCAGCAGAGAAUGAUCAUAUUGAAAUUGUAAAAUUUCUAUAUUUUAAUCGGACAGAAGGAUGCACAACUGAUGCUAUGGAUGGAGCAGCACAAUCGUCAUUUUUUUUAAAAAAUCAAGAUUGA